AUGGGUCUCAAGGGUCUUGGAGCGGGAGCGAAAACCUGGGCAGCCCGUGGUCUCGAGGAUCUGCAUGUAACCAUGACCCAAGUCGCUCAAGUCCAUCGUUCGCUUAGCGCAGAGCGGCAGGUUGGCCAUGCCACUUUAACUGCUGAUCGUCUUGGUUUCGAGGUCCGUGCCAUAAAUAGGGCAUCGUUUACGUACAUACUUUUUCGCUGA